AAGCAAAACAAAGCAAACAAAACAAAACAAAACCUUCUAUCACUACCCACCCAAGAGAAAGUGUAGCAUCAAUCAAAGAAAAACAAGGUGGCAUACAACUAAGCCAAUUACAACAUCAAAAUUCAUAACCUUCCCUAUUCAUUUUAACUAAAGCAGGCCGAUAUAGUUGGUAAGGAGCUGACUCAUCCGUUAAAUAGUACAAGUUUAACUCCUGGUAUCAACGUAAGAAUUUUAUUGGUGGAUAAUCUGUAAAUACUUCUAUCAGCGCUUUAUGAGUCUUGAGACAUGCUCCGACGAGUAUCUAAGGAGCAAAACUCACCUAAUUAUUAUUUAAUUUAAAAAUAAAAUAUUCCUUAUUCAUUUUCAUGCUUUCUCCUUCAAUUUUCCACCUACUUCACCACCACAAGUUCCUUAACCAACCAUCUUACAAACUUCUUCUAUCUACAACAAGUUAAUUUUGUAUGAAUUCAUUCAAUCAGAAUCAUCAGAGUAGCAGCUUCAGGUAUAAUUCAAACUCUAACAAGAUGAACAAUUAUAAUGAUCAUGAUGAUGAUGUUGAAUUCUCAGGUUUUCUUGAUAUAUAUAUUCAUCAUGCUAAGAAUAUUCAUAACAUAUGCAUAUAUGAUAAUCAAGAUGUGUAUGCAAAAUUCUCUCUUACUUAUAAUCCUGAUGAAACCCUCUCCACAAGAAUCAUCAAUAAAGGUGGAAAAAAUCCAAUUUUUAAUCAAAAUUUGAGGUUAAAGAUUAUUCAAUUAGAUGCAGUUUUAAAAUGUGAGAUUUGGAUGUUUAGUAGGUCAAGAAAUCACUUAGAAGAUCAACUUUUAGGGUUUACUUUGGUACCAAUUUCACAAGUUUUUGGUAAAGGAAAAGUAACUGAAGAUUAUAGUCUUUCUUCAACUGAUCUAUUUCAUUCCCCUGCUGGAACUGUUCAAUUAACACUUUCGUUAGAUACAUGUUUUCAAAUCGAUCCGAGUUUGAGUUCGAUACCACAAUCGAGUACUAAUUCAUCGAUUUCUUCUGAAGUUGUUUUGCUUGAUCCAAUUGAGUAUUCUAGAAUUGAAUUUCCUGAUAUCAAUGUGGUGAAUGAGAAUCAUAAAAUGGUUUAUGAGUAUUUCAAUUCGGAAUCUUAUGGUUCGGUUUCGAGGCCUAAUUUAGUAGGAUCAUUGCCAUUUCUACACCUUGGUGGUUCUUCUUCUCCUCAAGAUGUUGUUGAUUGUGAAAUGAUUAUGAAUUCGUCGGGCGAGAAUCAUGAAUCCAUUAUUUCUCCAAAUGAGAGCAUUCAGAAUUCUAGGUUUCCUAGCUCUACUAGUACAAGCUUAAGCGAUGAUCGAAACUCGAAUGAUUCUGUUAAGAAAAAGACUAAUUUGAGGCAUGACUCGUCGAGUUCUUUCAAUGCGUUAGUCUCGAUUGAACAUAAUAUUCAAAAUUCUUGUGUUGGUCCUGAUACUCCAACUUCAAUGUUUUCGAGCAAGGAAAAGGUAACGGAUAACGGUAGGAAUAUAGAAGCUGCAAAAUUUGGACAAGUUUUUUCAGUUCCGCCUAGGAACAUCGAUAUGGAGGCCGAACAAUCUUCUAUGCAGCAGCAAAUAGUUGACAUGUAUAUGAGAAGUAUGCAACAAUUCACUGAGUCUUUGGCGAAAAUGAAACUACCAAUGGACCUUGAUCACAACCAUGAUAAUCAAAAUCAAGAUGUUAUUCAAAAUCCUAACAGCAAAUUAGAGAAUGAUAAGAAGAAAAACGACGGAUCACGCGUGUUUUACGGUAGUCGAGCAUUCUUCUAAUUAAUUAUCUCUUAAUUUAGCAGCCACAUGACAAUAUUUUUGUUAUAACAAGACAGACAUGAAAGUUUACUUCAUUCUGAUCAGGUACCAAAGUUUCUUUUUAAAUAUUUAUAUUUAUAUUUUUUUUUUGUAGUGUGUUCAUUGGAAUACUAUUGUAUGUUUCCUUUGGCAUUGAAAUUAAGGACCAUUUUGAGAUGUUUAUAUGUUCUAUGUACUAAAAAUUAGUAAUUCAUUGAGUGUUUA